AUGCAGCGGAUCCCACGCUACCUCCGAACCAAACGGAUAGCCGACUACGACCUCUUCCGCGCCCAUAUCGAAUCCAGAGCCACCACCCGAAGCACUCAACCCUUUCUCCCCGCGACAUUCAGCCCCCCAAGCCCUCAAACACUUCUCCCCACCAACUUCACCCCCCCAAACCCCCAAGCCACCCCAACGACCCUCUUCGAACCCCGGCACUUCUUCCUGCGCGACCUGCCCCCCAUCCGCCGCUUCGUCAACCGCACCGAUCCCUCGCAAUGCCUCGUCUUCACCGACGGCGCCUGCAUCCACCACCACCGAGACAAGAACAACACCAAACCCCCCAAAGCCGGCUGGUCCUUCAUCUUCAAACCGCCCCACAGCACAACCAAGAACGGAUACUUCUCCGCACGCCUCGAAACUCGCGGCCCGGAGGGCGAAACAUACCCCCAGACCAGCAACCGCGCCGAACUCCGCGCCGUGAUCGCCGCAUUGCGCUUCAUCUACUACAACGACAACGUCUUCGAUAGCGUCGUCGUCGCCACGGACUCCAAGUACGUGGUCCACGGCGCGACGGACUGGAUCCAACGGUGGGGGAGCAAUGGGUGGCGGUCGGUGAAUGGGACGCCCAUCAAGAAUCAGGAUCUGUGGCAGGCGCUGUUGAAGGAGGUCGGGCGGUGGGAUGCCGAUGGUAAGGGGGUGUGUUUUUGGUGGAUUAGGAGGGAGUGGAAUGUCAAGGCGGAUUGUUUGGCGAAGAGGGCGGCGAGGGAGGGGGCGGAGGUGCGCGAGUGGGUGGAUGUUGGCAUGCCGAUUUGGCCGAUUGUUGAGGGUUAG